ACCGUUAUUGCCCAUGAAAUGCCGAUUUGUGAAACACCGUUAGCAACAUUGCUACAAUGUAACAUGGCGAGCAACUACGAUGUACCAUCUUGGGCAGGAAAACCACCUGUGGGUCUGCAUCUGGACGUCUUGAAAGGGGACAAACUCAUACAGAAACUGAUGAUAGACGAAAAAAAGUGCUACCUUUUCGGACGCAAUCCGGACUUAAAUGAUUUUGUGAUCGACCACCAGUCCUGCUCACGCAUUCACUCUGCCCUCGUGUACCACAAGCACUUACAGAGGGCCUUCCUGGUCGACAUCGGAAGCACACAUGGCACCUUCAUCGGCACCAUUCGGCUGGAGCAACACAAGCCAACGCAGCUGCCGGUGGACAGCAGGUUCCACUUUGGAGCAUCGACGCGGACAUACAUCCUCAGGGAACGGCCACAAAAGAUCUCGGCGGGGCAAGGUGACGACCCAGACAAGACCGGCGACGAAGUCGAGGGCGGGCUCCUUGGCCUGCCCGAGACGGAGACCGAACUCGAUAAUUUAACGGAAUACAACACCGCCCACAACCGAAGGAUAACCAUGCUGGGGAUACCCGACGAGGAACUCAAGCCCCCCAAUCGCAAGCAGAAGAACCUGAGCGUCAAGUUCAAUGAUGAAGAGGACGUCAUCAACCCCGAGGAUGUGGACCCUUCAAUUGGGAGGUUUCGAAAUUUGGUUCACACUGCAGUCAUUCCCAACAAGAAGGCGAGGAUGGAUCCUGGCGACCCCUUGAGCACCUUGCUGCCGGACUCCGACAAGUCAAACAACCUGCACCCCUUCGCCAAGCCAGAGCCGGGCCACGUGUCACACCUGAGCACCAUCUUUUCGCCAAUGCUCUCUGCCAAACUGGGCUUGCACCUACCUAACCCGGCGCCGGAAAUCGAACCGGCAGACUCGCGAGAAGCGCACCCCGCCGUGCAGGCCGUGGCGGCACAGCAUCCAGCCGCGGCUGCAAACGCCGCCGAAGCCAACUUGCCUCCGGAGCCGAAGAAAAAGAAAUACGCGAAAGAAGCCUGGCCCGGGAAGAAGCCCGUGCCUUCGUUACUCAUGUGAGAAGGAACUGUGGAGUCUCAUUGGAUGGCCAGCAUCUUGUUUUAAUCACUGUGUGUGCAGUCUUUUUUUUUUUCUUUUAUUGUUUUGUCGCCUCCGGUUACCUACUUCUUUUUGUUGUUCCGGCUAGUUUUAUACACAGUCAUCCCUUCCGUCGUCUCUGUACAUUUCUGCAUACGACAUAAAACAAAUGGUGACCUUAUGCUGUCUAUCUCAAUUUCGUCAGGAAUGCCUGUUGACCUCCAUACACAAAAAGCGUUAUCUAGGAUUUUUUUUUUUUGUUCACUGUCGCGUUUUCAUGAUCAAAGGUGCUGUGUUGGUGGCUUUGACCGCUUUGACAAUAAAGUAUUGAUUACAUGCAA